AUGGCACCUAUCGAUAUUGGUGUAUUUAUCCCCAUCGGCAACAAUGGCUGGCUUAUCUCGACCACGUCCCCUCAAUAUAUGCCCAGCUUCGAGCUGAACAAGCAGAUAGUUUCUAAAGCAGAGAAGUACAAUUUUGACUUCGCCCUCUCCAUGAUCAAGCUUCGAGGGUUUGGGGGUAAGUCCGAGUUCUGGGACCAUAACCUGGAGUCGUUCACUCUGAUGUCGGCACUUGCCGCCGUCACCUCCAAGAUCAAGCUCUUUGCUUCAACGGCCAUCUUGACCCUACCACCGGCGCUGGUUGCUCGUAUGGCCUCCACGAUUGACUCGGUAGCCCCCGGGCGCUUCGGUAUCAACAUUGUCACUGGUUGGCAGAGCGCUGAAUACGCACAAAUGGACCUAUGGCCAGGCGAUGCUUACUUCGGAUACCGAUAUGACUAUGCGACUGAGUAUGUGCAGGUGCUGAAGGAUUUGUGGGAAGACGGGGUAUCCAACUUCAAGGGAAAACACUUCAAGAUGGAAGACUGCAAAAUGUCGCCCAAGCCCGCACACGACAUCAAGAUUGUCGCUGCUGGCCAGUCUGCUCGAGGCGUUGAGUUUGCGUCAAACUACGCAGACUUCAAUUUCGCCAUGGGCACUGGCAUCAACACACCUACAGCAUACAAGGACGCCACCAGUCGUCUCGUCGAGGCCUCCGAGAAGACCGGGCGCGACGUUGGCUCUUAUGUCCUCUUCAUGGUCAUCGCCGAUGAGACGGACGAAAAGGCUCAGGCGAAGUGGAAGUUGUACAACGACGGUGUUGACCAUGACGCUCUAUCGUGGAUGAGCAAGGAAAGUUCCAAGGAUACCAAAGCGGAUGCCAAUUCUACCGCCAAAAACAUCGCCUUGCCAGAAGGUGCAGUCAAUCUCAACAUGGGAACCCUGGUCGGGUCAUACGAGACAGUGGCAAGGUUACUGGACGAGGCUGCGUCGGUACCAGGCACCAAGGGUAUCAUGUUGACUUUUGAUGAUUUCCUGGUUGGCUUAGAUAAUUUCGGCGAGAAGAUUCAGCCGCUGAUGAAGAGCAGAGAGGGAAAGUGCUAG